AUGGGCAGGGACCAAGCGGUGCUGCGCGUGCCGAUGGAAGUGUGGGAGCGCAUCCUACUUCUUCUUGAUCCCGAAGAAGUGGUGCAUGUGCGCCAGGCGUCGCGCGCAAUGUACCAAGCCGGGACAUCGUUUUCCUUGUGGCGCUGCUUUGCCGCGCAGAAUGCACAGUUUCCAAUCCCCGCCGUGCCGCACGUCCCGAUUGCACAGCAGGAGCGUGCGCUGGAGCACGCGGUCCUCAAGGCGCGGCACCUUACCAAAUGCUGGGCGACGCCGGGCUGCAUACCCCACCGCGCGAUUCGUUUUCGCGCACAUGUGCACCGCAUCACCACGGUGAAAAUCGUCAUUGGCGACACGAGGCGCACGUCUACGGGGCGCAUCGUCACUGACGCAUGGCUGAUUACGGGAUCUGUGGAUGGAUACGUGCGUGUAUGGGACGUGCAGAAAGCACUGCGUCUUGGAGGGCGCCUCGACGUCAUGUCGGAAUUUGUCGUGGACGAGGAGGCGGUGGACGAUAUGAGUACGUGCGAUGAGGAGGACGCAAAGGAGGAGAGUGAUCCGAUGAAAGAGAUCAAAAGACAUUCCCGCACGAUCCUCCUUGCUGAGGUCGAUACGGGCGGCGAUGUCACGUCUUUGGACGCACAGCUGCACGCAGACCGGCACGGCAUGACGAUUGCUGUGGGCUCGUACUAUGUAUGUACUUUACACGACUCACCACAGAGCUCCGCGGCGUGCCUCGUCUACGAUUUGAACCUGCACGCAAUGCCGCAUGUGCUCGAUCUGCGCGCGUCGCUGGACCCGCCGGAAUGGUGCGGCACACAGUGCGUCUCGUUGCUCGAAUCCAGCGUGGCUGUUGGGUCGUAUUUAGGGAACGUCUACGUGCUGGAUUGGAAAGCCGGCGAGCGUACCGUGAUUGGGCGGCAUGGUAGCGUAGCCGCAUUGCGCCUUUUUCCACGCCAUGUCUUGGCCGCGACGCGGCUCGGUGGUUUGGAAGUGUACGCAGUGCAUGCUGCGUCUGCACCGCAGUCUGAUACCCCCAUUGCGCAGUAUACCCUCUCGCCGCACGCAUUGCUGAGCGUCUCGAUUAGCGACUGCCGUCCGUGCAUCUCAGCGGGGCUCAUGCCGAUGCCGGGGGAGAAGGAAGCGUCACUUGCGCCGCUCUCGAUAGCCAUCGUCGAUCCUACCGGGCUCGUGCAUGUUGUGCUGGAUCCGUGCGAGUCGUGCGAGUUUCCCUACACCUUUCCGCCCCGGCUUGUUGCGCAUUGCAAUGUAGCGCACGAGCGCCUCAUUGGCGCGUCGCUGGGCGCGUCGGGGAAGCGCGCUGUGCUUGCGACGAGUUUGGGCGGUUUGCCGCCCCAGUGUGCGAUACGUGCAUACACAAACAGCGACACGACCCUCGUUCCACUGCGACCGACGCCAGCGAUGGUGAUGCCGGGAUUUGCGCGCGAGCGCUCGUCUGUGCCGCUGCGCCGCGCAGAGGCGGAGGAUGGGCAAGCGGGUACGGCAUCGCUUGCGGUGCAAGGCGCUUCAGCUGCACUUAGCCCCACGAGCGCAGCCAGUCCAAACUCGAUUCGCGAGCGCACGCGGCGCAGUGGGCGCGUCGAUUCUUUCUCUUCGUCGAGCACAAGCUCGGUGCCGAGUCCUUCGCCGCGCGUGGACAUGCUCACCGAGUCAGUCAUUGACGAGGCGCGCGGUCUUGUAUGCCUUGCAAGCGUGCGUGGCGCCAUAUGGAUAGCAGAGUACUGCAUGUAG